CAUUACAUUAAAUAAUUUUACCAUUACAUAUUAAAGUCCAGCUCUACCGCGUCAGCUCAUAUCCUUAAUUCCAUUUCAAUUCGAGCUUCAUCGCAGAAAAAAUGGCGCUUCCCAAAGCCAAAGAAAUCGCUGAUUCAGCCCCCGUCGUCAUCUUCAGCAAAACAUACUGUUCUUACUGCUCCACGGUGAAGAGAUUGCUGAAGGAGCUCGGCGCCUCCUUCAAGGUCAUUGAACUGAAUGUUGAAGAUGAUGGAAGUGAAAUGCAAUCCGCUCUGGCUCAAUGGACUGGACAGCGCACCGUGCCAAAUGUGUUCAUUGGCGGCAAGCACAUAGGUGGAUGCGAUGCAACCAUUGCACUGCAUGGAGGCGGGAAGCUCGUUCCGUUGCUGACCGAAGUUGGUGCAGUUGCCAAAGCUGAAACCUCAGGAGGUACUAAAGCUUCUAUCUAGAGUACCAAUCAACUUCAGAUAUGCUACAUACUUACAAAUGUCAUGAUACUGCAGACCUCACAGUUUUAUGUUAUUAGUAUGAUAUUUAUGAUUAUGUGAUACUCUGUUUGCCUAAAUAUGAAAUAAAUCAAGAUUUUUGAUGAUA